CUAAACAAGGCCUAUAGAGACAACCAAUGUUUUGUCAUAUAUAUGGACAUGUCAUGUUCACCUCAUUGUUGCAUCUCUCGGGCGUCACAACCAAACCAACGGACGGAGCUUUUUGUUAUGAUGAAAAUCAUAUACUAUAUGAUAUGGUAUCCUCUCACAGGAAACACAUGCUCACAUCCGUUCCCAUAUACUUUAAGCCGACACUGGACUGGAGAGCAGCUGGAGCGUACGAAGGUACUACCAGUACAAAGUACAAACAAACCGAGGAAUAAAAAACGACACAAGCAACAUCCAAGCAAACUGAUAAAAAACGAACGAAUUCAAAGGCGUAGCUUAAACUAUUCCCAUCCCCCUGUUCUUUGUGUCACCCUCCGCCCCAAAAACCUCCCCGGCCUUCUGCGAAGCUCCCUGCUUUGACCACGUUUGGUUUUGCCCUCGUCCCGGCCCGGAGCCAUAUAAAUAGCCCAGCCCACCCCCCUCUCCCAGUCCACACAGCAUCAGCAUCCACCCGCACUCCGCCGAGGUAGCCAGCUGCCAGCCCGAUCGAGCUCACAGACAGACACAGCAGCAAGCUCGGUCUCCUCGCCAGGACCCAGCAAGCUAGCAAGCCACGCUCUCGGACGGAGGUCAAUCGUCGGCAGAGAGACGAGACAUGGGGCGCGCUCCGUGCUGCGAGAAGAUGGGGCUGAAGCGGGGGCCGUGGACGCCCGAGGAAGACAGGGUCCUGGUGGCGCACAUCGAGCGCCAUGGCCACAGCAACUGGCGCGCGCUGCCCAAGCAGGCGGGCCUGCUCCGCUGCGGCAAGAGCUGCCGCCUCCGAUGGAUCAACUACCUGCGCCCGGACAUCAAGCGCGGCAACUUCACCGCGGAGGAGGAGGAUGCCAUCAUCCAGCUCCACCAAAUGCUCGGCAACAGAUGGUCGGCAAUUGCUGCCAGGCUGCCGGGGAGGACGGACAACGAGAUCAAGAACGUCUGGCACACUCACCUCAAGAAGCGCCUGGAGCCUACUACUAAGCCAGCCAGCCAGGCGCCCAAGCGCAAGCCCAAGAAGCAGCAGCAGCAGCCGGAGACGACGGCCGUGACGGCGCUCGAGGGACCGACGACCGGCGCCGUAGUGCCGGUGUCGCCGGAGCAGUCACUGUCCACGUCGACCACCAGCACCACCACUGACUACUCGGCGGCCUCGUCCAUGGAGAACAACGCGGACAGCUCCACCUCGGAGGAGGAGGAGGAGGAGGACUACCAGAUUGACGACAGCUUCUGGUCCGAGACGCUGGCCAUGACGGUGGACAGCUCCGACGACUCCGGGAUGCAGGCAGCCUUCGGCGGCGCGCCGUCGUCGGUGACGUCGACCAACGACGACGACAUGGACUUCUGGCUCAAGCUGUUCAUGCAGGCCGGCGACAUGCAGAAUUUGCCCCAGAUUUAGGCAGGAAAUGAACCUGCCAGAUGGUGGUUGCGUCUGGAUCGAUUGGCUGAUGAUAUUCUUGGCCUCACAAUUCUUUCAAUCUUUGUUCUGCUCCGUUUCGGUGGAUGUACAUCUGGCUGAAAACUCGUGCAGCGGAAAAACAAUUAUACAUGCUUCAUCAUGGCGGUGUUCACUUUUGGGCAUUACUAUUAUUUUUUUAGUCGCGUGCUUGA